GCCAGCUUCCCGCUCGCCUUGGGUGUCCUGUGGAGCCAUGGGCGAGCAUUGGGCGCUGAGCCCAGCGGCCGGCUCCUCAUUGCUGUUGUGCUCAGCGCUGCUCGCUGUGGGGUGCACGCUAGGCCUGCUCCUGGGUCGCGGGCGGAGCGCGGUGGAGCGUUGGGUGCUCGCCUGGCUCUGCUACGACUCACUGGUACACUUCGUGCUGGAAGGCGCUUUUGUCUACAUGUCUAUAGUAGGACGUGUUGCAGAUUCCCAAGGCUUGAUUGCAUCUUUAUGGAAAGAAUACGGCAAGGCUGACACAAGAUGGCUAUAUUCUGAUCCAACCAUUGUGUCUUUGGAACUCCUGACUGUUGUCCUGGAUGGGUUCCUGGCAUUGGUCCUCAUUUAUGCCAUAGUCAAAGAGAAAUAUUACAGGCACUUCAUACAGAUUGCCUUGUGCGUGUGUGAACUCUACGGCUGCUGGAUGACCUUCUUCCCCGAGUGGCUUGUCGGAAGCCCCAACCUCAACACCAGCAGCUGGCUCUACCUUUGGGUCUAUUUGGUGUUUUUUAAUGGCCUGUGGGUUCUGAUCCCAGGCCUGCUGCUGUGGCAGUCAUGGUCAGAACUGAAGAAGAGAGAUUACCAAGAGGCCAAUUUAGCGAAGAAGCAUCAGUGAAUUCUCAGAGCAGUCCUUUCUGAUGUCCCGCUUUCCGAGUCAGAAUUGACCAGAAUUCCAUCUGUGCUUCCUUUUCACAGUGUUUUGAAGCAGCCAUUACAGAUGGGCUGGAAGGUGGCAAACUUGGCUGUUAGUUUUAGCUCUUUGAUUAAAUGAUAAUAUAAAGA